AUGAAGAAUCGAUACCCAAAAGACGAAGGAAACAGGGAGAAAUUCAACGGCUCGACAUCGAUCAACAAAAAGAAGGAUAGCAUGAAGAAGAAGAAGAAGAACAUGAGGAGAAUGGGUGGGCAAGGCCUUUCACUGGAGGCCUUCGCUAAUGCCAAAUCAAAUAGCAGCAGCUACUUCAAUCCUGCUUUGAUAAAGAAGCAAAAGGAGUUUUACAAGAAUUCCAAGUAUGUGAACAAGUAUAAGAAGUCACUAAAGCAACAGCAGAGCAAUCUUCCAUUGGCUAUAAGACCCCUUGAGGAAGAGAAUGAAUUUGAACACGGUGAUAAGGAGAAUGAAACUGAAAAUGGUGGUAAGAAGCAUAAUGAAACUGAAGAUGGUAGUAAGAAGGAGAACGAAACCGAAGAUGGUGGUAAGAGGAGUAAGAAUAACAAGAAGAAAAAGAGGUAUGGUGCUCGUAAUUUAAUAGAAGUGUAUGAGAAGAAGCAUGAAGAGGAAGAGAAGGCAAGAAGGGAGAGGGAUGCGAUUAUUCAGGCAAAGAAGGAAGAACGAGAAAAGGCCGAAGCUCGGAGGAAGUUUGCGAGGGGGAAGAUGCUUAAGAAAACACAUAAAGGUCAGCCUGUUAUGAAGUACAGAAUUGAACAUCUUUUGGAGACUCUUCAAGGUUCUGCAAAGCAAACAUAG